GCGGCAGGUCGAGCUCGGCUUGGCAGUCACCUCUCGACUACGAUCGCAGGGCUUAAGAGUCUUGGUUCCCUUUUCUUGUCCUGCAUUAUAUCCGCAAAACGAGUCCCACGGAUCCCAGCGACCACGGAGGGGAAGACGCCGGCGAAGCGGACGAGAGCGGCACCUCGAGGCCGCCGUCCGGCCGAGGUUGCACCACCAUAGAGUACAGAAGCGAGGCUAGAGAGGCCCCGGGAGCGCCUCGCACUCGGUCCCGGACCCGAGGGAUGGCGAUCGUGCUGGCCCUGAAGGUGUUUGCGGGGCUAGUGGCCGCGGCACUGGUCGCUUUGCUCUUGGAGUAUUACGGCCUGGCGGAUCCGCCCUCGCCGCUGCCCCAGCGCCCCCACCUCCGGCGGCCUCACCCCGCGCCGGGCUCCGGAAUCGGCAACAUCUUCUGGGGCCUGCAGAUAUCAGACAUUCACCUGAGCAGGUUUCGGGAUCCAGACAGAGCCACAGACUUAGAGAAGUUCUGUUCUGAAACUGUUGACAUCAUUCAACCAGCUCUCGUCCUAGCAACAGGAGACUUGACAGAUGCCAAAACAAAGGAGCAGUUGGGAUCCAGGCAGCAGGAGAUAGAAUGGCAAACUUACCAUGGUAUCCUGAAGAAGACAAGGGUCAUGGAAAAAACCAAGUGGCUGGAUAUCAGAGGAAAUCAUGAUGCAUACAACAUUCCAAGUCUGGAGAGCGUCAAGAACUAUUACAGGAAGUACUCUGCUGUACGCAAGGAUGGCUCUUUCCAUUAUGUCCACAGUACUCCUUUUGGCAACUAUUCUUUCAUCUCAGUUGAUGCCACCCAAACUCCAGGGCCUAAGAGGCCCUAUAAUUUCUUUGGAAUUUUAGAUGAGAAACAGAUGAAGGAGCUCUUAUUCCUGGCCAAACAAAGUAGUCGGAGCAACCAUACAAUUUGGUUUGGACACUUUACAACGUCCACUAUCCUUUCUCCAUCUCCAGGAAUCCAGUCAACAAUGAGCUCGGCAACGGCUUACCUGUGUGGCCACCUCCAUACGCUUGGUGGACUGAUGCCAGUUUUGCACACUCGUCACUUCCAGGGCACUUUGGAACUUGAAGUGGGAGACUGGAAAGAUAACAGAAGGUACUGUGCAUUUUAUAUAUGCUUUCAUUUUAGAGUCUUGGCCUUUUCCUUAUCUUCUAUCACUUCUGUCACUGUUAAGAUUGAUGGAGUUAAUUUAGGGCAGGCUAUUCAUUUGUCUGGUCCUAUUUUCAUACUGAAGUGGAACCCCAGAAACUAUAGUAACGGGACACAUAACAUAGAAGUAAUUGUCCAGGAUUCUGCUGGACGAAGUAAGGAUGUUCAUCACACAUUUUCUGUUCAAGAGAACAUGCAUCUUACAUUUGAUCCCCUGGCAUCAUUCAUUCUCCUUACAGACCUCUGCACGGUGGCCCGGGUCCUUUUUGUGCUGAUUGUGCUGAUUCAGCUCUCCAUUCUCAUUACGUUUAGAUAUCUAGCAUAUCCAGAACUUAAAGGACCUCCAGGAUUCAUAAAUUUGACUUCAUUUUCCCUUCAUGUCUUGAGCAAAAUAGACAUCUUCUACUAUUCUGUGUUGUUGCUGACCUCUUAUACAGUGCUUGGGCCGUGGUUUUUUGGUGAAAUUAUUGAUGGCAAGUUGGGCUGCUGCUUUUCCUUUGGAAUAUUUGUUAAUGGACAUUUCCUUCAAGGCAGUAUGACAUUUGUAGUUGGAAUUCUCCAGCUGGCAUUUUUUAACAUCCCCUUGAUGGCUUACCUGUGUUGGAGCUUGCUACAGCGAUGCUUUGGUCAAAGCUUCAGGUCUCAUCUCCAUCAAGGAAAAUACUUGAAAAUUAUACCUGUUCACCUACUUAUGUUCCUACUAUACAUCUGGCAAGUUUAUUCCUGCUACUUUCUUCAUGUGACAUUUGGCACUUUGGCUCUUCUAAUAUCUCCUUUGCGGACCUGGUUGACAUUGCUGACACCUGUACUCAUUCGUUGUGUGUGGACAUUAAACUCAACGGAGUUUGGAACCUUCAUGGUGCAGUUGAAAAGCCAUCUGAGCUCAUGAAGGUGGUUUCUAACCACUGGCAGCUGUGUGGAAGUCCUGCCUUUGCAUGUGUAGUCCAGGUCCCUGCUCACAGUGGGUAUGUGUGAGCUGCAGGGGGCCACCGCUCCUCAGACACCUGGAUGCUGGAUGGAUUACUCACUACUGAUUUCUGCAAAGUGGACUACGGAAAGUAUAAUGACUUGAUUCAACUUUCCCUAAGGGAACAAAGAAAAAGCCCUAAUCAAGCAGUGCCAUGGCAUAGGGACCGGGUGCAUGUAUGGCAGUAUCUCAGGCCCAGUGUGCUUUUUUAGGGUUGUCCCUUGUAAAGUUCUAGCACUGUGCCUGGACCUCAGAGCUGUCAAGGAAGACAGCAUCCUGUGUGAACCUGGGCCAUAACCAACCUGACUACCCUUGAGAUGUUAAUUCCCAACCCUGUUUUCCCACAGGGUUAUGAGUUUUCUACUUCCUCGGUCGGGGGUGUUUGCAACUAAUCGAAUAAAUGACGAAUGACUGAUUACAAA